UUCACCUCCCGCUCGCUGCUCUAAAUCCCCCCUCCCCCUCGACCGAUGGAAGCAGCUUACUCGAGAUCUCUGCGCUGAUCUCUACUUCAAUCCACACCGGCUUUUGUUUGUUCGCAGGGCUACUCGCUUUUUUUGCGCUUCGAAUCGAGAUCUUCACGAUCUGCGCUUCGCAACCAUUCAAUCUGUCUUGCCCUUGUGCUCAUGCUCCACUUCUUGACUCAUCCGCCAUUGUUGUGCCCCAGACCUUGCCAGCGAGUGAGUGUGGAGUGUGAACGCGGAUUUCGAUUGGUCUGUGGUUGGUGCUGUUGGCGUGUUGCCGGAGGUAGGGACUAAUAGAAGACGACCGAUAUUCGGGGGGGCUCUUCCUGUUUGUGAGGACUGUGGAAAUCAUGGCUGGUAAUUUGCCUCAGGACGUGCAACAGCAUAGCAGCAGCAUUGUCCAGCCCGCUGCGGGGAAGUUGCCGAAGCCCGCGUCGCAGCUCGUGGACAGUCACUCUGUCUCCCGCAGGUUGCAAUCUGAGUUGAUGUCUCUUAUGAUGAGCGGUGAUCCUGGGAUUUCAGCUUUCCCGGAGGGUGAUAACAUAUUCUCGUGGAUUGGCACAAUCAAGGGGAGCAACGGCACUGUCUAUGAAGGUUUAUCUUACAAAUUAACUCUUAAAUUCCCUACGGAUUACCCUUUCAAGCCACCUGUAGUUAAAUUCGAUACGCUGUGCUUCCAUCCGAAUGUGGACCAAUUCGGUAAUAUCUGUCUCGACAUCCUACAGGAUAAGUGGUCCUCGGCCUAUGACGUGCGAACAGUGCUUCUCUCUAUACAGAGCUUGCUAGGCGAGCCGAACAAUGAUAGUCCACUCAAUAGUUAUGCGGCAGCACUAUGGAGCGACCAAGAAGAGUACAAGAAGGUAAUGCGGAAGCAAUACAGAGAUGCAGCUGCAUUGGCGAAGUAAACGUGUCGAAGGACGGGACAGACUUAAGCCAUGCUACAAGCGGAGAAUUGCAUUCUCGUAGAUGAAUAGACUAGUAUCAGGUGUAUGUAGGCCGUACAGUCCCCAUUAAGUUGCCCUUUGCCAUUUAUACAAAUUGUUAUAUGGCAAUAUGACUUUAGAAUUUUUAAUAUAACCUAAUCCGUUUUGCAAGAUAUGUACUUGUACAAUCCAUAUCUAAAUUUGUGUACACAGCAUUAA